AGCCUUGAACAACAAGCAAUAAAAGAUAAGGAAACUAUCCUAAUUAAACUAAACGGGUACAAGAAAAAUUAAGGAAUCCUAAUUUUAAACAGACUCCAUUAAAUACCGCGCAUCCCCUAUUUAUUAUUAAUUCUCAUAUUAGUCUUUGUAAUUGGAGUACAACAAUCCUUUCCUUGUUAGAUAGCUAUCUUUGUGUAUAUAAGCACUCGAUGAUAUUAUGAUAAUCAUGAAAUCAAGUGAUUGAAUUCCUUUAGUUAAAACAUUGACUCAAAAUUCUAUUCUAGCUGAACUUAUCGCCUACAUCUUCUUAGUUAUCUGAAGCUUUCAUAGCUAUCCUUUUCUGCAUAUAAGUAUCUAAGACCAUUGCUUUUAUCACACGUUCUCGAUUUUGUCUUUCAUCAUUGGCACACGAUUCCACCAUUCCAAGCGUCCAGAAUUAAGUCUUACCAAACAGUCUUACCAUACGCAUACAAAAUUAUCUAUACACUCAGAAAGCAGUUGCCCGAUAUCGUCACAGAAGAUUUAAAUAUAAAUUUUGAAGAUUCCGACAAUGUCUUUGUGUAAACCUGGCAUUAUAAUCUAGAUUAUAAUUCUUAUAUUUUCUAAAAGAUAAAAGAUGUCUGGAAGAGGUAAAGUUCCAGCCAUUGGUAUAGAUCUCGGAACAACAUACUCUUGUGUUUCUGUUUGGCAACACAACAACGUUGAGAUUAUAGCAAACGAUCAAGGCAAUCGGACAACUCCCUCUUUUGUUGCCUUCAACGACACUGAACGUUUGGUUGGGGAUUCUGCCAAGAACCAGGCUGCAUAUAACCCCACCAAUACCAUAUUCGAUGUUAAGCGGUUGAUUGGAAGAAGAGCGAGUGAUGAAAUUGUUCAAAAAGACAUGAAGUUGUGGCCUUUUAAAGUUGAGGCUGGAAGUGACGACAAGCCAAAGAUUUUAGUUACAUAUAAAGGUGAAGAGAAGGAAUUUUCCGCUGAAGAAAUAUCUUCCAUGGUUUUAGCAAAGAUGAAAAGGGUAGCAGAGACAUUUCUUGGAUCAGAUGUUGAAAAGGCAGUGAUCACUGUUCCAGCUCAUUUCAAUGAUUCUCAACGCCAAUCAACAAAGGAUGCUGCUAAAGUUGCUGGACUUGAGGUUCUGCGCAUGAUUAACGAACCUACUGCAGCUGCAAUUGCUUAUGCUCUAGAAAAGAGAGCUUGUGAAAUGAAUGUUCUAGUUUUUGACAUUGGUGGUGGUACUUUUGAUGUUUCUGUUAUCAGUAUUGAUAGAGAGGGACACAUCCAGGUUAAAGCAACGGGUGGUGACACACAUUUAGGUGGAGAGGAUUUUGAUAACCGAAUGGUUAAACAUUUUGUUGAAGAAAUUAAGAGAAAGCACAAAGAGGACAUUAGUAGCAACCAAAGGGCUUUAGGUAGGUUGAGGGUUCACUGUGAGAGGGCAAAGAGGAUUGUUUCAACAGCUGUUCAGACUAGAAUUGACAUUGAUUGCUUAGUUAAUGGUAAAGAUUUUUCUUUAAAGUUUACUCGUGCAAAGUUCGAGGAGGUUAACAUGGAUUUGUUCAAUAAGUGUAUGGAACCUGUGGAACAGUGUUUGAGGGAUGCGAAUAUGAACAAGGAUAGCAUUGAUGAAGUGGUUCUUGUCGGUGGAUCAACCAGGAUUCCUAAGGUACAACAAUUGUUGCAAGAGUUGUUCAACGGAAAGUCACUUUGCCAGAAUAUCAAUCCUGAUGAGGCUGUUGCACAUGGUGCUGGAAUUCUAGCAGCACAAUUAAGUGGCAUGGGUGAUGAAGCUGUGCAGGGUCUGGAGCUAAUUGACAUUACUCCUUUAUCACUUGGCUUUAAGGUUAAAGGAGAUCUUAUGUAUGUGUUAAUUCCAAGAAAUUCACCUAUUCCAACCAAGAAGGAAGAUACAUUCUGUACGUCUUUUGAAAACCAAACUGUUGUAAAUUUUGAUGUUUAUCAAGGUGAGAGAGACAAAGCUUCUGAGAACUAUCUCUUAGGAAGACUUGAGCUAUCUGGCUUUCCUUCUGCUCCAAGGGGGGAAGUUAAGUUCAACGCAUGCUUUGAGAUUGAUGCUGAUGGGAUCUUGAAUGUUUCUGCCAGAGAAAUAACCUCUGGCGUGAACAAGACAAUCAAGAUAACACACAAUGGUAGUUUGUCGAAAGAAGAGAUUGAAAAGAUGAUUGAAGAUGCUGAACGAUAUAAGUUUGAAGAUGAAGCACACUUAAAGAAGGUGAUGUCCCAUAUAGCUCUAGACAACUUUGUUUCCAAGGUUCAAGCGAGUCUUAAAAAAAUGGGGCUUAAUGAAAAAGACUUGAAAGACCUAGACCACCAGAUUGCAGAGACGAUUGAGUGGCUUGAUGAGAACCCUGAUGCUGAAGAAGGUGAGUUGGAGGACAAGAAAACUGAGCUUUACAAUCUAUGCACACAGAAGAAGUUAAGCCAUGAAGCAAAAGCUUCACUUAAUAGUUUAUUUGAUUCAGUAAACUUUGAACGCUGAAAAUAGCUAAAAUUAAAUAUGUAAAUGAUCAGUUUUUGACGUUCUUUAUAUGAUUGGUAAUAUCCUUUAAUGAUA